GGUGAUGUAAUGACACUGAAAGAUGAAAGAUCCUGGUCUCUAUGCACACCUUUAUUUUUCCUUCCCUAUUCAGACGACACCAUCACCCCGGAAGAACCGAGUGUGUGUUUUUUGCAGAGGUUGUAACAUCAGCGGGUUAUACAGAGGGCAUUGUGAUUGUCUUGUGAAACACUAAAAGAGGAAGCAGUAAUAAUUCUCUGGAAUCAAGUGAGAAGUGUUUCAUGUUUUGGCUUAAAACUUCAAAUACAGAAGCGAUUUUCUCAUAGCAGUCAUUAAAGUCAUUCCAGUGAGAAUGCUGCUGGGGUUUUAUCUUCUCCUCGGUGUGCUUCAUGUCACUAAAGGUUGCUCUCUAACAGACAAUAAAGGAACAUCAAAAGUUACUGCACAUGUAGGAGACACAGUACUGCUGCCCUGCUCUUGCGCUGCACAACAGAGCCCAGCUAGUAUGCCAAUAUGGAGGAAAAUUAACAAGCUCAUCAAUGACUGGGAUUCUGUAACACUUAACCAAAAGAGAUUUCAGCUCAGUAAUGUUCAGGUAGGAAAUCUGUCUCUACUCAUAUCACACCUGACUGUCGAGGAUGAUGGACUGUACAGGUGUCAAAUUAGUAUUGACUACACAGACAUCAACCUCAGUGUUCAAGGAGGAAGCAUUACAAAGCCGCCUGACGCGAUGAGCAUGGCUUUCCUCUCCUUCAUUCCUGUUGUGCUGCUGUUGCUGGGACUCGGAGGAGUCAUUUUUUGGAGAUGCAGAGCGAGGAAACGAGAGCAGACACCGAGCAGUGAAGGACCGACAGGACAGAAGAACGAUGAGGAAACAGAGGGGAAAGAGCAGGAAACACAGGAUGACGUCACGUACACCACUGUGGUCCCCACUGACACAGCUCAAAGACCCAAAGUGGUCAACCCUGAGGAGAGGACAGAAUACGCCGUCAUCAAAUUAAAUCAAUAAUCACGUACAAAAAAAAGUUACACGUGACUUCAUAAACUUUUCCACAACAAAUCCGCCAGCUUUCCUUUUCUCAGCUUGUCUAACAUAAUAAAAACAAACGUCAUAUAAUAAAGAAUUGCGUGCGGUGAACACCAUUGAACACCAGAAUUACCGUACACACGUUGUAGAUUUUAUAGUAAGUGAUGUAAAUUCUUACACACGAUACUGUUUCAUAACUCAUACGUGAUAAGACAUUUUUAGUGAUGAUCUAAGAUGUGGCUAAAGUCAUGUGGAUGUUCUGACAUCAGGAGAGAUGUGAGUAAACUGCCGAACAUGUGUUUAGUGUUAGUUCAUGGUUUUACUUCUCGUAUUUGAACCAGAGUUACAGA